CCGUUGUGCAAUGGACCCUUGGAUUUUUUCCGGUCAAACCAAGCCAGCCACAACCCACCACCUAAAAAAAGACAACGUCAAACACGCACGUACGCAACCUUGUGUGGGUUAGUUUUUCUUGUAGUACAGUACCUCUUUCCGAGCCGACAACAAGGCCGUUUGCGCAAAGGCAACGUCUCUCGACCCAACCCGCCGCCUCCGCAGCCGCCGCCGUUCGCCGCCAUCAUGGAUCUUCACGAGCUGCAGAGCAAAUUGACCCUAUGGUUGGAAGAGGCAUCGCAUGCAUUCCAGAGGGUGCCGGGCUCGGCCGUCCUGAUUCGCUAUGUCAAGUCCAGCUACCAGAACGACCCAGUCCGCUCCGCCAUUGAGCUGAUCCUCGUUGUGUUUUUCAUCCGGUACCUGAUGGCACCAUCCUACUCCACUCACAAGCAGAACUUUAUCAAGCUGCGCGAGGAUGAAAUCGACGAACUGGUCGAAGACUGGACACCCGAGCCGCUUGUUCCACCAAGAACGGCGCAGGAGGAGGCCGAGGCCGAGAAGCUGCCCGUGAUAGUCGGACCGACAGGGCCCAAGACGAAGCUCGCGAGCGGACGCACGGUGACGAACCUCUCGACGUACAACUACUACAAUUUCAAUGCCAACGAACAGAUCAAAGAGAAGGCCAUCCAGACCUUGAGGACCUACGGCGUGGGUCCUUGCGGCCCGCCGCAGUUCUACGGCACCCAGGAUGUUCACAUGAAGACAGAGGCGGACAUUGCGGCCUACAUUGGCACCGAGGGCUGCAUCAUCUAUGCUCACGCCUUCUCGGCCGUCACGAGUGUGAUCCCUUCGUUUUGCAAGCGUGGAGACGUUAUCAUCGCGGAUCGCAUGGCCAACUACUCCAUCCGCAAGGGAUUGGAGCUUUCGAGGAGCAGCAUCCGUUGGCAUGGCCAUGGAGACAUGGAGGAGCUGGAGGCGGCCAUGGCAAAGGUAGCCAAGGAGCAGGCCAAGAACAAGAAGCUGACGAGGCGUUUCGUCGUCAUCGAGGCGCUGUCUGAGCUGCUUGGAGAUAUUGCUGACCUCCCGAAGCUGAUUGAGCUCAAGGAAAAAUACAAGUUCCGCCUGAUACUGGAUGAGACGUGGUCGUUUGGCGUGUUGGGUCGCACCGGACGCGGACUUACUGAGGCGCAGAAUGUGGACCCGACGCAAGUUGACAUGAUCGUGGGCUCGAUGGCGGGGCCCCUGUGUGCUGGUGGUGGGUUCUGUGCAGGCUCGCGGGACGUCGUGGAGCACCAGCGCAUCAUGUCGACGGCCUACACAUUCUCGGCGGCGCUGCCGGCCAUGACGGCCGUGACGGCCAGCGAGACGCUGAACCUCUUGCAGUCGAACCCCGAGAUCCUGUCGCAGUGUCGCGAGAACAUCAAGGCGCUGCGGGCGCAGCUCGACCCUCGCUCAGACUGGGUUUUUUGCACCAGCUCCACGGACAACCCGAUCUUGCUGCUUCAGCUCAAGCCUGAGGUGAUUGCGUCAAGGCGGCUUACUGCUGAUGACCAGAACAGGCUCUUGCAGGAGUGUGUUGACGAGUCACUAGCCAACGGUGUCUGGAUCACGCGUCUCAAAAUCCAGCCGGUAAUCAACACCAUCGGACCCAAGGAAAACAUCACCAUCCAACCGGCGCUCAAGGUCUGUGUCACUUCUGGCCUGUCCAAAAAGGACAUUGAACGGGCUGGGACCACGAUUCGCCAUGCCAUCACCAAGGUGAUGAAGAGCAACGCCAAGCUUUCGCCGGCGACUGCGGCUGCUUAGUGGUUUUUUUAAAGAUCCUUUUUUACUAUUCUGUUUUGUUUCUUCUUGGUUUCCAUGCUAUUGCCCCUUUUUAAUUGAUACGUGCACGACAGGAGAAAGUUGGUAGAUCCAUUUUCGCAGUACUCGGCCACGAUUUUUGGUUGGUUUUAUAGAAAACAUUUAGAGUACAGGCUGGCUAGCAUGCUAGCCAGCGGUCACGGGUAAAUACCUAAUGAUACAUAUACAAUACUUGCCUGUUGUAGUUUAAUUCACCUCCGA